ACGGUCCUUCUGAUUUAUCCGCGUGCAGCAGCAUCCUCCUCCUCCUCCUCAUCACCAUCAUCAGCAGCAGCAUACUAUUACUGAGAGGCAGUUUGCAUACGGAUUAGUCUGUGCGGGUAUUUAGCGGGAGGUGAGGCGGAUUUCAGCACCGGAGCUGACUGAUGCUGGCGCCGCGUGCUCAGGUGAUGCUGCGCUCGAGCUGCUGACAUCCUCCCUCCCCCACCCCUCCCACCUCUACCUCUCUCUCUCUCCUUUUCUCUCUCUUUCUCUCCUCCCUCUGCGUGCAUCCAUCCCCUCCGUCCCUCCUCGCUCCGCUCCUCUCCUCCACACGCACAAAACGCUCUGUCAUGGCGUCUUCCAACCAUGUUACCCCCACCAACUGUAGCUGGUGGCCCAUCUCAGCCAUGGAUGAGGACGGCAAAGUGGCGGACGGAGAGGAGUGCGAGGAGCCCGCGGCCGAGUCCAAACCCUUCAACAAAGACAGGCUGGUUUUGUACCACUGGACGCAGUCUUUCGCCUCACAGAAGGUACGUCUAGUGAUCCAUGAGAAGGGUCUGGUGUGUGAUGAGAGGGAUGUGAGUUUGCCACUGCAGGAGCACAAAGAGCCCUGGUUCAUGAGACUGAACCUGGGGGAGGAGGUUCCCGUCUUCCUCCACGGAGACACCAUCAUCAGCGACUACAACCAGAUUAUAGACUACAUGGAGAAAAACUUUGUGGGAGAGACGGUGGCUCAGCUGAUUCCUGACCCGGACUCGCCUCUCUACGACCGCGUGCAGCAGUACCGCCACCUGCUGGACGGCCUGCCCAUGGACGCUUACACACACGGCUGCAUCCUCCAUCCAGAGCUCACCACAGACUCUAUGAUCCCAAAGUACGCCACCGCAGAAAUACGUAGACACUUGACUAAUGCUGCGACUGAGCUGAUGAAACUGGACCAUGAAGAACCUCAGCUGACAGAACCUCAUUUGUCCAAGCAGAAAAAGCUAAUGGCGAAAAUCUUGGACCAUGACAAUGUGAACUACUUGAAGAAAAUCCUGGGGGAGUUAGCCAUGGUUCUGGACCAAGUGGAGGCUGAACUUGAGAAAAGAAAACUAGAGUAUCAAGGUCAGAAGUGUGAGUUGUGGCUUUGUGGACCUGAAUUUACGCUAGCUGAUAUCUGCCUUGGAGCCUUGUUGCACAGGCUCAAGUUCUUGGGACUUUCUAGGAAAUACUGGGAGGACGGCAGCCGGCCCAACCUGCAGUCCUUUUUCGUGCGUGUCCAAAAACGCUACGCUUUUCGAAAGGUGUUGGGCGACAUCCACACGACUCUCCUGUCAGCAGUCCUACCCAACGCCUUCCGAAUGGUAAAAAAGAAGCCGCCAUCUUUCUUCGGGGCCUCGUUUCUCAUGGGCUCCCUGGGUGGGAUGGGCUACUUUGCCUACUGGUAUUUAAAAAAGAAAUACAUGUAGUGAAUGCCCUCUUGUUGUGUUAAACGUCUGUGUAUUUGUGUGAUGCUUCAACUUUUCUGUAAUGUUUUAUGACUGCAGGAAAAUAUAAUGAAUCUAUAUAGAGACCACUAUUACUUACCUGGGUACACAAAGAAAUAUGAAAACAUUCCAUAGUAUAAAUUUAAUGACAGCACAUUUUCUGGUUUUAAAGGCCUUUGUUAACUGUUCAUUUCUGAAACUUGCAGCUUUUGUGCAUGCAAGAUCUCAUUUAUUUAUUUAUGAUUUAUUUUAGUUUUUUGGAGGCAUGCAUCAUUUCCACAUUAAAACAGAGACCUGGUUAAAACGGUGAGCAUAACCAACUCUUCCAUUUUCUUGAGUUUCCAGCUGAUAAAAUCACUGCAUAUAAAUAAAUAUGUUCUGAAAAGUGCUGCUCUGCUGGAAACUGCCAGAUAAAAUGCUACGGAAGGAUUUUUUUUUAAAUACAGGUUAUGUUAGGAGUAUGAUUUUUAAAUAGGAAGAAAUUGUUUUCACUAGUUAGCAUUAAGACUGGUAAAAGUUUUGAUCUUUCUGAAAUAUAUAAGAUUUAUUAUACAAAUAUCACAGAUAUCCCUUCAAAAAUAUUUCAAAUUACCACAGUUGUGCGUUGUUAAUGAUGAUGCAUCCCGUAGGUACUUUUAUUCUUGGACAGAGUAAAGUUAGCCGUUUUCGUAUAAUAAUUUAACUUCCUUAUCAGAACAGAAUAAAAAUAAGAAUGAUGUCCAGAUAUCUACAAAAAACAAAAAUAUUACUGUCCAUAUUCCACAAUUUAAAAAACUAUUUAAUUUAUAUGUUGCAAACUCUGGCCACUAUGAUGCUACAGUUGUUAGCAUUAGUUUAGCAUGAAAACUAGAAAAAUAAACCAGUCUUUCAGAAACCUACAAAGUUGACCAAACUAAAUCCAUGCAAUUCCUGAAAUAAAAUAUCCUAAUUUAAUGUUUAUGACUUACAAAAUGAGCUGUGGAGUUAUUUCUUCUGAAGUGUUUUUACCAAUAGAUAAAGAACAGUUAGCUGGUUUUAUUUGGUAUUUUUCUCCAAUGCUAAACUUUGGAGCCAGUAGAAAAUAAACAUAAAUAUCUACUUGAAAUGAUGCAGUUUUAAGAGAAAAAAGUAAAUAUUUAUAUCUAUCUACAAAAUCAGCCAAAGAAAUGUUUCUUUGUCAGGAUUUAGCCUUUGGACUGGGAGGUUAGCUGCAGUUUCUCGUCUGUCAACAAUGCUAACUAUUAGACAUGUUUCAAAAAAGAAAAAAAAACAA